AUGAAAUACUUUAUUGCCCUAUGCGCCCUGGCUGCCGUGGCUUCUGCCAACCCUCUGCCGCUAGUGCAGAUCAUCGUGAACAUCGACGCGGCCGAAAGCGCGAUUGGCGCCGCUCCUGCCGUCAUUGGAGAGAGCCCUGCUUUUGCUGACAUGCCCAUUAUCGACUUCGUACCUGCGGAUGAAGCGAGUUAUGACCCCUUGCCUCUGCCUGUGCCGCAGCCCACUCCUAUAGUGGUUGUGGAUGGCGAAGAUGCUAGUUACAACCCCCUGCCUCUGCCUAUGCCGCAGCCUACCCCCAUUGUGGUUCCGGAACCCGUUGUCUUACCUCAGCCUGUCUUGCCUGAGAUUGUUGUCCCUGAGCCGGUUGUUGUGGCUCCUGAGCCCAUCGUGAUACCAGAAACUGAGUCCGCUUCUAUUGCCAUCUCCCCCAUCGUUAACCAGCCUACUCCUAUUGAAGCUUAA